CUAGACAAUUGAAUAAAUAGCAUGUGAAGGAGGAGAAAAACAGAAAAGACUUCUCCAGUUAACCACUUUAAUCAAGCAGAAAAACAGAAGUCGAAAAAGAAAGCUUGUUUAAUUUUUUUUUCUUUUUGGUGGAAAUCAGAAAUAUGGCUGAGGCGGUAGUUUCAAUGGUAAUUGAAGGGCUCAAAGGCGGUCUCAUUGAGGAGGUGAAGUUCUUGAGCGGAGUUGGCGAUCAAAUUAAGCAUGCACAAAUUGAGCUACUUUUGAUGCAGGGCUUCCUGAAAGAUGCAGAUACAAGACAAGAAGACAAUGAAGUACGCAUUUGGGUUCAAAUUAUAAGAGAUGCUGCUUAUGAUUUGGAGGAUGUCAUUGAAUCUUUUGCUUUGAAAGUGGCUCUCAGAAGGGGAGGAAGCGUGAAGCUUGUUCUGAAAAGGUUUGCUUGCAUCUUUAACGAAGUCUAUAAUCGUCACAAGUUCGGUUCAGAAAUUGAGAGCAUUACCACCAAACUUUCCAAAUUGAGGUUGAGUUUGCAAGGUUAUGACAUCAAGCAAAUAAGGGGCACACAAUAUGGAGGUGCCACUUCUUUUGAGAGGCAAAAGGAACAAAGGGAAACUUAUCCUCAUGUUAUUGAACGUGAUGUUGUCGGGUUAGAGAAGGACAUAGAGAUACUAGUCACGCAAUUGGUGAAAGAAGAAAAAGGCCCCAAACUUGUAUCUAUUUGGGGGAUGGGCGGUUCAGGAAAGACCACUCUUGCAAAACAAGUUUAUGGUCACAAUGAAGAUGUUAAGCGUCACUUCGAUUGUUUUGCUUGGGUGUGUGUGUCACAACAAUGUCAAGGAAAAGAGGUUUUGGAAGAUAUUUUGGUCCAGCUUACUCGCGACACCAAAGAUAAAACUAAAGAAAUGAAUAAGAAUCAAAUGGUAGAGAAGCUUUGUAGCAUCCAAAAAGAAAAGAAAUGUUUGGUGGUUCUUGAUGACGUUUGGACUCGUGAUGCGUGGAACUCUUUGAAAAAUGGAUUUCCAAUCGGUGCGGAAACAAAGAGUCGUAUAUUACUCACCACUCGGAAGAAGGACGUUGCUGAAAUUGCUGGAGAAAAUGGUUUCGUUCAUGUAUCUCAUGCGCUAGAUGAUGAGGGAUGCUUGGAACUGUUUAAGAAGAUAGCAAUCUUUGGGAGAGAUCAAACAAACUCUAAAAUUGAUGCUGAGAAGGAAGAACUAGGAAAGAAGAUGCUCAAACAUUGUGCACGUCUGCCAUUAGCCAUUACUGUGCUUGCGGGACUUCUAGCUAGAAAGGUCACAAUUGAUGAGUGGAAUGCAGUAUACGAGAACGUUGAUGUGUAUAUACGGAGAGGAACUAAUCUUGACACAGAGUACAAAGGCGAUCAAGAAUAUGCUGGUGCAUUAAGGGUGUUGGCAUUGAGUUAUGACGACUUACCAUAUUGUCUAAAACUAUGUUUUCUAUACUUAGGUCACUUUCCGGAGGAUUAUGAGAUACCGGUCAAAAGAUUGGCUCAGUUAUGGAUAGCAGAAGGUUUUAUAUCUUCGGGUUCCCAACGACAUGGUUCAGCGGAGGUAUUGGAAGAUGUAGCAUAUGCUUGCUUAAUUGAGUUGGUGGAAAGAUGUAUGGUUCAAGUUGGAAUACUUGGUUCAACUAAGAGGAUCAAAACAUGUCAUCUUCAUGAUCUUAUGCGAGACUUGUGCUUGGUAAAGGCAGAAGAGGAGAACUUUCUUCACGUUGUAAAUUUUACCAGUACGAUAACCAAGACAGCGACAAUUCCUAAAGGUCGAAGACUUGGUGUACAUGUGGAAACAGAAUUUGUUGAUAAAUUUGCUCCCACAAGAAAUGACCACCUUAGGUCUUUGUUAUUCUUUGUCGACCCAGAAUAUAGAUUCUCCAACUGGAAGAAAAAAUUCUUGCGGUCAGUAGUAUGCAACUUCAAAUUGCUCAGGGUUCUAAAGCUUGAAGGCAUACUGAGUUAUGUAGAGUUGCCGAGUAAUAUUGGGAAUCUAGUCCACUUAAGGUUUUUAAGUCUAAGGGAAAGUCAUGUAAGACGGUUGCCAUCAUCUUUAGGUAAUUUGGUAUGUUUGCAAACUCUAGACUUACGCUUGUAUGUUGGGUGGGGGGUGAAAGUACCAAAUGUGAUUUGGAAGAUGAAAGAAUUGAGACAUUUAUAUUUACCCGUUUCGGGGUACAGAGGGAAGUUGAAGUUGGCUACUCUUGGGAAUUUGCAGAGUUUAGUCAAUGUUGCAGGUGCUGAUUGUGAUUUGACUCAUCUUGCUGAAUUGACCAAUCUCAGAAAAAUGUUCAUACAAGGUGAGGUGAAAAAUAUGGAGGAAAUGUUGAAAUCUACUGGCAUCACAUUUAACCAUCUUCGAUCUCUAUCUCUUUUCGUGGGGUCUGAAGUUAUACCAAUGAAAAUGGUAUUGAGUUGUCCUCAUAUAUACAAACUUGAGUUGGAAGGGAGAAUGAGAGAUGAAUCAUUGGAAGGUCUCCAGUACUAUCAGAACCUCACUAAGAUGUCGAUGAGUUGGACUAAACUACAGUUGGAGAGUCUCAAAAUACUUGAGAAGAUCCCAAACUUAAGAAUGCUUUGGCUUAAUGCUGGUAGUUUGGACAAGAAUGUUUCAUCAGAAGUAGUUGUCUCAGAAGAAGGUUAUCCUAAUCUUGAAUUUCUUUCACUUGGUGGGAUGGAAGAAUUAAAGAGUUGGAGCAUAGAGAAAGGAGGCAUGCCUAAUCUCUGCAGAUUGUCUAUUAUAGAAUGCUUGGAAUUGAGGGCAGUUCCUGAGGGGCUUCAGCAUGUUAGUACCCUCAAGGAACUAACAAUCAUAGGCAUGCGACGGGAAUUCUGUAGUAGGGCUGGGGAAGGAGAGGAUUUCUACAAAAUUAAACAUGUGCCUUCUGUUACAAUAAUGUGAGAAGUGGAUAACUGGUAAGCAUGCUACUUAUAUUAAUUGUGUUUUGUGUUGUGCGGCUAUUUUAUCUCAGUUUCUCAUGGGUAAAUCAUAAUGUGGAGUGGGGCAGAGGUGGCGGAUGCUGCUGCUGGGAAGGGGAAGGCAAGGCCAAUCUCGCAAAAUCAGGUGAAAAUUCUCUUCUUAAUGACUUAAUAAUUGAAGGCAGCUAGCGCAUCGAUGUGGUAAGUAUCAUAUGCACAGGACAGCAAUAUGACUGCUUAAUUUUGUUUUAUACUAGUUAGAUCGUGGUAAGGCAAG